AUGCGGCAAACCAAGAAAAGAAUCUUCAUCUUUGUUGAUGGUUUGGAUGAAUGCGAUUCUGGUAGUGUACGAGAGGUAGCAUACUUUUGGCGCAAGGUCACCAAGUCAGCUCAUGCUGCGGGGGUUGAUUUAAACGUUCGCUUAUCAAGUCGAUAUUUCCCAUCUGUCACUAGGUUCGAGAUUGCAAGUUUCGGUCAAGAGGCACAGUGGCAAGGUUUGAAGGGCGAAAUCAUAAUAAUGUCAGCUGGCGUAUAUCUACUUGAAAAAGAGGGCUGGGAAAAUCCCUCAAGGUCUCGAGACUCCGUUCUCUGGGAUGCUCAAGACUAUCAGUCCGGAAAAUAG